AUGUCGUCUGGGCGGGUUGUGAAGGAGGAACCUGAGGAGGAUGAUUGGAGAGGUGGGGAGGGGGGGAAUGAGGAGGGGAGUGAGGAGGAAAGUGAGGAGGAGAAUGAGAAAGAGCGUGAGGAGGAAAUUGAUGAGGAGAAUGAGGAGGAGAGCGAGGAGGUGGAGAGGGAGGAGGAGGAGGAGGAGGAAAGUGACGAGGAAACUGAGGAAGAAAAUGAGGAGAAGAAUGUGGAGAAGAACAAAAUGGAAGAGGAGAAAACCGAGAAAAGAAUUGAGAAGGAUGAGGUGAACGAGGAGGAGGAGGAAGGGGAGGAGGAGGGAGAGGAGGAGGGAGAAUGGGAGGAGGGAGAGGAGGAGGAGGGGGAGGAGGAGGAGGAAGAGGAGGAGGAGGAAGAGGAGGAGGAGGAAGAGGAGGAGGAGGAGGAAGAGGAGGAGAAGGAGGAGGAGGAGAAGGAGGAGGAGGAGAAGGAGGAGGAGAAGGGGGAGGAGAAGGAAGAGGAGGAGGAGGAGGAGGAGGAGGAGGAGGAGGAGGAGGAGGAGGAGGAGGAGGAGGAGGAGGAGGAGGAGGAGGGAGUGGAAGGAGGGCGAGUAGAGGAACAGCAGAAGGAUUCACCUCCGUCACAGAAAGAUCAGAGGAAGAAGAAAGUCCAGCCCCCCUGUUCCAACGUGCAGAGCUUUCGCACUCUCCUCACCCUUCACAAUGCGGCGCAGCAGGCGCGGAGAGAGGGAAAAUGCAGCGAAGACGAGACGGACGGUGCCAACUUCCAAACUUUGGCUGUCCCCGCGUCCCCUCCUCCUGUCUGUGUUGCAGAUCAGAGGCAGAAGAAAUUCCAGCCCCCCACUUCCAACGUGCAGAGCUCUCACACCAUCCUCACCCUUCGCACCGCGCCACAGGAGGCGCAAGGAGAGAAGGUGCAGGGGAGAGAGGGAGAGGAGAAUGCUCCUUGGACAAGAGGAGGAGGUUUUGAUCUUUGUUAUUCCCCGUGUUCACUCCCGCCUGUGUUGCUUGCAGAUCGCAAGGGGAAGAAACUCCAGCCCCCCGCUUCCCACGUGCAGAGCUCUCGCACUCUCCUCGCCCUCCGCACUGCGCCACAGCAAGCACGGGGAGAGAGGGUGCAGGCAAGAGGGGGAACGGCGCAUGGGCGAGACGGACGUGGUGGUGGUGGUGGUGCUGCUGCUGCUGCUGCUGCUGGUGCUGGUUCUGCUCGUCGUCGCUCCGCUCCUGCUGCAGCAGCAGCCGCCACACCAGACACCUCCCUCCCGCCCUUCCGGUUCACAUCCAAUCAAGAGUGGCGCCAUUUGGACUAUGGCAACGAUCUCACCGCCCUCACCGCAGACGGGCGGCGCGGCAGGAGCGCCGCCCGCGCGCUGGGGUUCCGGGGCGGCUGCAUUCGUCUGCCAGCGGUGCACCGGCAGAUGCUGAGGCGGCUUCUAAGGAGGAUGAUGUUCCGAGGGGAGGUGGAGCAGGCAGCAGGCGUGCUGGCAGCGUUGAUGGAUGCGGAUAAGGAUGCUGAGGUGGAGCAGGCAGCAGGCGUGCUGGCUGCUCUGAUGGACGCGGAUAAGGAUGCUGAAGUGACCAGACGGGCCGUUGACGAGCCUAUAUGGCUCGAGUCCAAGGUUGAGGAGUCCCAGGUAAGGAAGGAGAAACCCCUUGCACUGAUUAGAGGAAGUCAGGAGGUGGAGCAGGCAGCAGGGUGCUGGCAGCACUGA